AUGGAGGAAGAGACAUUUCAAGAAAUUAAAUACCCAAAAUUUCACGAUGAAGCGGGUACUCAUGAUCUAACUGAAUGUACAUGUAUUGGUGAGUUUAUAGGUAAACUUGGGCUUUUUGCAUUUUGUCCCAUGUUUGAUAAUGUAGGGAGACAACCUUGUCACUUUUGGAUCAUGGAGGAGUAUGGUGACAAAAAUUCUUGGACUUGUCAUGCUACUUUUAUGCUACAAAGGAUAAUCCGUACGCCUUUGACUUUUACAAAAAAUGGAGAAAUUAUAAUGCAAGAUAGGCGUGGAAAGAUAUUUUGCUAUAAUUUCAACAAUAAUCAAUUGAUUGAUUUGAACAUACAAGGUGAGGGCCGUGAUUUGAAUUUUGUCAACUUCACUAAUAGUCUAGUUUUAGUUGAUCUUUAUGAUACACUGAUGGUGGAAGAAAGGAAUUUUCCUGCAAGUGGUGUUGGUGAUUUUGAAGCAUAUAUGCAUGUGGAACAAGUCAACAUGGCACAUAAAGAUGAUCCUCCAGCCGACAUACAUAAGAAUAUUUAAAAUUAGCCAAAGAAUUAAAUGCAAUUCAAAAGUCUAAUUAAUUAAGCCAUAAAUUAACCAGAAAUGGCAUUAGUUUUUGCGU